UGUACCUCAGCAGCCAAUGGGGGAACAGGGAGCCUGUCCUGAGAGAGAAAGCAGGCUUUUGUAGCCUGGCUGGAGAGAGACAGCAGCUCUGGAAAGCUGCCCACGGAAAUGAGUUCUACUCCAUUUGGUGGAUUGAUGAUGGAGCCUUUGUUGCCAUCAACAAGGAAAUGUUCAAGAGGGAAGUGCUGGCCAGAAGAGGACCUGUGAGAGUUUUUGAACUGGAGACCAUGUCAAGUUUCCAUUGUUAGCUUGACCACUGUGGGCUGCACUGGACGUGUCUGACUUGUCUAACUCUGGGAUGAAUUUCCAGCAGAAGCAGCUCCUAGAAAGGCUUCUUCUGGAAAAUGAAGACAUGUACGAGCUCCCUUCCCUCCACCUCUCCUGGAUGGCUGAAGCUUCAUGCAGGGAGCAGCAGUGUAUUCCUCUGGCACUCCAGGAUAUUUCCUGGUGUUGGAAGAUCCAUCCUUGGAGAGACACUUCAAAGGCCACAGAGAUGCUGUCACUAGUGUGGACUUCAGUCUCAAUAAGAAACAAUUGGCAAGUGGCUCGAUGGAUUCGUGCCUGAUGAUUUGGAGUAUGAAACCCCAGAUGAGAGCCUAUCGCUUUGUGGGCCACAAAGAUGCAGUGAUGUGUGUUCAGUUUUCACCUUCUGGUCACCUAGUGGCUUCGGGCUCUAGAGAUAAAACAGUCCGGUUAUGGGUACCCAGUGUCAAGGGAGAAUCUACUGUGUUCAAGGCUCAUACGGCAACUGUAAGGAGUGUUCAUUUCUCCAGCGAUGGACAAUCCUUAGUUACAGCUUCAGAUGACAAAACAAUCAAAGUGUGGACAGUUCACAGGCAGAAGUUUUUAUUCUCGCUUAGUCAACACAUCAACUGGGUUCGCUGUGCCAGAUUCUCUCCUGAUGGUCGAUUGAUAGUGUCAGCCAGCGAUGAUAAAACUGUCAAAGUGUGGGAUAAAGCCAGCAGAGAAUGCAUACACUCCUUCUGUGAGCAUGGAGGGUUUGUGAAUCAUGUGGAUUUCCACCCCAGUGGUACGUGCAUUGCUGCGGCUGCUACAGAUAACACAGUGAAGGUGUGGGACGUUAGGAUGAAUAGACUUCUCCAGCAUUAUCAAGUGCACAGUGCUGUGGUAAACAGUCUUUCCUUUCACCCCUCUGGAAACUAUCUGGUUACUGCUUCCAAUGAUUCAACUCUUAAAAUUCUGGACUUGCUAGAAGGAAGACUUCUGUAUACUCUUCAUGGUCACCAGGGACCAGCUACCUGUGUAGCAUUUUCAAGAGCUGGAGACUUAUUUGCCUCUGGAGGUUCUGAUGAACAGGUGAUGGUGUGGAAAACUAACUUUGAUGCAGCAGAUUAUGGUGAUGUACUGAAAACACAAAAGUCUGGCACUAGUGUGGAUGAGACCCAUCAUGCUCUGGUAUCAGAAACGAAUUGUGGAGUUCAUCUGAAGAAAACAAAAUCUCAGGAUUCUGGUAAGAACCAAGAGCAGCAAGAGGAGGAGACCAGUCUCACAAAUACCUUAGAGCAUAUUAUGGGACAGCUGGAUGUUCUGACUCAGACUGUUUCCAUCCUGGAGCAGAGGCUGACACUCACUGAAGACAAGCUGAAGGAAUGUCUUGAGAAUCAGCAGAAAAUCAUUCAGAGCCAAACGAGCUGAUUUCCUGAGAGAAGACAGGAGCUGAAGGUGUUGGGGGGGUUUGAGGUUGUUUGUGUUCCUAACAGACUGUGUGACUUGCUUUAAUGAUUUAGAGUGCAAUCUAUUUUUCAAUUGGAAUGUACAGUUAUUGUAUCUGUAA